AAAUUCAAUGCCCUUCAAUGCUCUGUGGCAUCUCCCGAUGUGGGUAUUAUGACCUUAUGCGAAAUAAAGGCCAUCGAUCGAUAUCACAACAUGAUAAACCUUGAAGGACUUUUGAACACGACCAUAAACCAGUUUCAGAUUCAUUUUAAAUUGCUGAAACGUGAAAGUGGUGGAUGGCAUCCCUUUCUAUACGACAUGAAGGUGGAUGUGUGCAAGUUUUUCAAGAAUCCCAGGUCUCUUUUCAUACCCAACUUGAUAUAUUCUUUUUUGAAAUCCUUCACAAACGUUAAUCACACCUGUCCAUAUUUGGCUGGAUCUGUUCUUCGCUUGUGGAACUGGACUCCGGAUGAAACUGGGGUUAUAAGGGUAUUCCCAGUAGAUCACGGCCAGUAUGGCGUUCAUACAAAAUGGUAUGCAAACAAGCUCCCAAUGAUACAAAUUAAUGGAUCUGUACUGUUUUUUAAGUAA